UUUAAAAUUUAAGAAACUUUUAUAUCGUAAUAUCUGAAAUAUGUAUUUGCACUUUAUAUUUUUUGUAUACAAAGCGUUUACAAGUAUUAUAUUAAAGAAUAUAUAUUUGAAUAUUAUAUUUUUCUCGUAUAAGUAUUCUUUUCAGAUUAUUAAAUAUUGCUGCCACAUCGUUGUUAACGUUUCUAAUAUUUUUAUAUAAAUGAUUAUUAUCUUGAUGUACUACUCAAAUGACCUACAAGAAUUUUUCUUCAUCACAGGAUAUCUAAAGUAGCUAUUUGCAAACAGUUUCCUUUAGGAGAUACUGAGACAGUGGGUCAGGUUAACAACUUCUUGUCGCAUCGUCUGUGCACCCACCAGCUUGCAGAUAAUUAACUAAUUAAUUUCAUUUCCUCGACUCCUAGCUGUCUUGAUCGUUCAUUCCAGAAGAAUAUCGCAAAAUAGAACUUGGAAAAUUUAUCAAAUUACGUUAUUUUAUGUACUUUAUUGUACAACGAAUAUUGUAAUUUAUGAUUUUUUUUAAAUUUCAAGUUAUUAAAAAUACAGCAUAUUUUUUAGUAUUAAUGUCGAACCUUAAGUCUGCAAUGAGAACAUAAAAUGAUAUAUUGUAACAUAAUAACAUUUGCGGCAAGCGAUAAGCGAUCACAUUUCAUUUUAUUAUACAUCCAUUGAGAUAUGGACAAGAAUUCCGGAGUUGGCUUGGAUGGUUGCACGCAACUUAAGCCUUUUUUAGUUAUAAAUAUAAAUAAACUCAUGUUUCCCUUAUCAAAGAUUAUUUCAAUAAUUAUCGCAAAUAAUUAUGAGUUCAUAAACAUUUUGAUGGUAAUCUUCUAAAAGAAAUUUUUUUUAAACAAUGCUUCUUUUAUUUUAAACGAAAAUAUCUUUAAUGAUUUUACUAUUUAACAUGUUUUCGGCAUAUUUGUAAUUGGUUAAAAGUAUAAAAUUAAAAUGUAAAUUUUGCAAUAAUAUAUCAUUUUUGUUACAAAGAUAUAUAUGUAUCACGUGUAAAGAGACAUGAUAGUAGCGCACUCAUACGCCGUUUUAAGAAAUACCGAUAUCGUAUUCUGAAAAAUUCCACGGACUUAUAAUACUUUGCAACAGAAGAAUAAGUAAUUUGUAUUAUAUUGUCGAUUGUCGAGCAAACAAUUCCCCAGUAAAACGACUCAGAGUUCAAAGUUUAUGUUUAGCUAUUGAGAAAAACAAAGCAAAUGUAAGAGUACGCAUUUUGAAGGAGAUUUAUUAUACUGGAUAUUUAAUUUAUGAUAAAAUAAUUAUUUUACCUAUGAUAAAGGAUUUACUUAUUAGUUAUUAAGAUGGAAGUAGAAUUACCAGAUUGUAUUUAUAAAAUACAAGCUGUUAAUCGUGCACGUCAAAUACCAAGCGUAAAUUAUCUGUGGGAUAAAUCCAUGGAAGUAUAUGGUCGUGUGAAAGAGACAAAUGUAUUCGUUCAUUGGGCAUUUAACACAAUGGAAAAUGUUUUCAAUAUUGUAAUUGAAAAAUCAUUACCAGUAGCUAAGUUAAUGGAAAAGCCAAUUUAUACUUUGGAUAAAACACUUUGUCAAGGACUGGACUAUGUAGAAGUAAAGUUGCCUAUAAUCAAGGAAGAACCAAAACAGAUAAUUAAUCGUACUAAGUCUAUUGUAUCUAAACGUCUCAAACCAGCUGUUAAAACAUUAACUGAAUUAAAACAAGAAACCAAACAUAAAGUUAGAGUUAUGACAUUACUGACUUAUUAUAAAGUUCAUUACUUAAGGAUAUAUAGUUGGCAACAGGCAGAUCGAGUAAUGUCAACUGAAACAGGGAUUAAUAUUUUAAAGACUGUCGAUAAUACUACUGAUUUUGUUGAGUUAAUGUUAGAUAAAUAUUUGCCUGUUCCUUAUGAUGAAUUUCAUAGUAAUGAAACAGAAAAAUUAUGCAAUGAAGAUGGAAAACUACAUCAUACUGUGGAAAGGCUGAGUGAAUUUAGUUCUCGUGCUUCACGACGUAUUUACUUUGCUUUAAUAGAUAGGUGGCAACACUUGUACAAAAUAGAAAUUCUUAUUUUAAUAUUAUACACUCUUAUUGUUAUUCAAACAAUUAAAUGUUUAGAAUCAACAUUGUCGUUCAUUUUUAAAUUAUUUAACAACUGCCUUGUCUCUCACUAGGAUGAAUGUAAUCUGUGAUAAACAUAUGAAACACUAACAGUGUAUUAAUAUUACUUUUAAAUUCCUGUUUGUUGAAUUUUUAUGAUAAUAUAUUUGAGAUUAAAAUUCUUGUCAUCUAGAUAUUAUGCAGUAUAAAUUAAAGCAAGCAAAUGUGGUAUUGUGAAUGAUUUUGUAAUAUCUUUAGUUUAUAUGUUGUAUUUUAUUUAUAUAACUGUAAAUUAUAUGAUUUUAUAAUCAUAUAAAAAACAUUCUGUACAUACUUAUUUAAAGGUUUUAAUAUUAAUGUGUUAAAAAUAUUUGUACAAUUUUGUAUUUAAUGUUAAAUAUUUUAUAAAUACUAAAGCCAUUGGCAACAGUA